AUGCACCGAUCACUCCAGCAGAUGAUGGAUGAAGUUGUCCUGCGCGCGCGUCUGUUCCUGUUGUUGCUCGUGUUGGUGCACGCGCUUUCAACGCGGAACCAAAGUUUGGGUCACGUGGACCCGUUAACACUGACCCGCGCGGACCCGCACUGCUGGGAGAGCGCCUCUGCACUGCUGCUGGAGAUGCGAACGCCGCGGAUCGCGCACUCGGUGCCGGACUUCUGGGACCUCAUGGUGUUUCUCAAGUCCUCGGACAACUGGAAACACAGCGCGCUGUUCUGGGACCUGGCACAAGUCUUCUGGGACCUCUACGUGGACUGCAUCCGGUCCCGGAACCAUGGGCUCGGGAGGCGGCACGUCAUGCGGACAAAACGGCGUCUCACGGUCGCGCGCUCUCUCUCCGCGGACAAAUCUUUUGUGCAAGAGUCAGAGAACCAUUUUUCGAAGUUAAAGAAGUUCACUCGAGCCUGGUUUCAAAUUCAGGUGCAGCAGGACGGACCACGCAGCUUGUACAGUGAUGCUUAUCCAGAAACCAAGGCUUCAGUAAAAAUGUAA